GCUCGAGGCGGACGCCAUCGCGAGGAAAGAGGCACGUAUCCCUCUGUCCUUUCCGUAAACAGUGAAGCAGUCAUCGACUUCCUCUCGUUUGGUGUGCACGGUAGUGCCAAGAAGCUGGGUCCUGAUCGAAGGAGUUCGAGAAAGGCGUUGCUGAGGAAAUAACGUGGAAUAAUCAGCCCGACGAAUAUUUGCAGUCAUGGCACGUACGAAGCAAACCGCUCGUAAGUCAACCGGUGGAAAGGCACCCAGGAAGCAGCUCGCCACGAAGGCUGCGCGCAAGAGCGCGCCGUCCACUGGAGGCGUUAAGAAACCGCAUCGUUACAGGCCUGGUACUGUAGCUUUGAGAGAAAUCCGAAGAUACCAAAAAUCCACCGAGUUGCUGAUUAGAAAAUUACCAUUCCAACGUUUGGUUCGUGAAAUUGCUCAGGACUUCAAAACUGACCUGCGUUUCCAAAGCGCGGCUAUCGGCGCCCUGCAGGAAGCAUCGGAAGCAUAUCUCGUUGGUCUCUUUGAAGAUACUAAUCUGUGCGCCAUCCAUGCUAAGCGUGUUACCAUCAUGCCAAAAGAUAUCCAGUUAGCGCGACGAAUUCGCGGCGAGCGCGCUUAAUUCACUCACAAUCACACAAGUCUCUUUAUUAUUUGUUUUAUUUUAUUAUCAUUUGGACAUUGUAUUGUCGAACGAACUAAAAUUAUUCUUGACCUUCCGUAUAUAUUUACUAUAUAAUUAACACACUGCCAAUCACACUAUAAAAAUAUUGAGAGGGGAAUAGAGCAUGUAACGUCCUCGUCUCCAUUUAUUAGAUUUCAUAAUUCGACGAAACAUAAUCACAAUUCGUACGACGAUAAAAGUAUAUAAAAAGAAAAAUGGGUGAAAAAAAUAUAUAUAUUAUAUAUGUGAUGUAUUUGUCUUGAGCAAGGAAAGGAAAAAUCACGGCAGAAUCAGCAAUUAGUUUUGUAUACUCGAAUGUAUAAACAAAGGAGUAAACAUACGAGCGAUGCUGCAGGUACACAUACAUUGCACGUACUUUCGUAGAGAGUCGAAAGGAUCCGAAAAUUAGUGCUUUUAUUUUAGGAGUAUUGACCGAUACCUGCAAUCUUGCUUUGCAAUAAAUACACACAUUGUACUCGUACAUAAUUCUUUACGUACAAACGAAGCAUACUUAUCGACGUAUAAAUUUUCGUAAGAUGUGUAGAGCGUUAAGGGACUGGAUUUCCUCUAUAUAAUGCUAAAAAAAAACGCCGUAGAAGUAGUUUAGUUUCACAGUAUAACUACACAACGUUUUUCUUUUCUGAUUCACAUUUAGUUUGGAACAACUUUCUAGAGUCUCUGCAAACUUUUCCAGGAGUGAUGGUAUAUAAUACGAUACGAUUUCUCAUAUAUCUUCUCGAAGACUCGACAUGAAAAAAUCUGCUGUGCCGUGGGAAAUUACCUUUCUUUUUCCUUUGACGAUUAACGUGCGCAAUUAUUUAUUUCCUGAGAGAGAGAGAAAGUGGGAGGGAGGGAGGAGGAGAAGAACAGCAACAAUAUAUUUUUGUUUUAUUUUUGAAUCAGCAACAAUAUAUUUUUGAUGUAAUGUGAUAAAUUUUUGUUGUACUUGAGAGAAAUUUAUACCUAACAGAGCGCGAGAAAACUCCGCAGCUCUAGUAUUUAUAGCAGCUUUUUUCAUGCCGAUAUCCUUACAUAUUAGGUUGUUGCAAUUAUCUUAAUUCUUAAACCAGAUUAUAGUAGUGUCUAUCGAAUAACUGUAACCACAGCACAAUGAAAUACAUUUUCUAAUUGAUGUAACUAAA